AUGGGCGAACAAGCUUCCAUUCUAGAAAAAGCUGUUAUCCUGGCGUCGCAGAGAUAUGAUACCUACCUGGGCCUUCCGGCUUUGGUGGGAAAGUCACGAAUGAAGGACUUCAAGAAUAUUAUUGACCGGGUUGAAAAAAGAUUGCAAGACUGGAAGUUAAAGUUCUUGUCACAGGCGGGAAAGGAGAUUUUGUUAAAAGUUGUGGUUCAAGCGAUCCCGACUUACAGUAUGAGCGUUUUCUUGAUGCCUAAGGCUUUGUGCUCCAAUAUAAAUUCGCUCAUACAAAAAUUUUGGUGGGGCCAUAUAAACAAUUCUUCUCGGAUCCCAUGGAUGAGUUGGAGUCAAAUGGGACAGACAAAGGCGAACGGAGGAAUGGAUUUUAGGGAGUUUCAUUGUUUCAAUAAGGCCCUCUUAGCGAAGCAAUUGUGGCGCCUUGGGUGA